UGACUUUGCGUGUUAUCUGAUUGACGAAUGCCGUGUGCCUGUGAAACAGCUUUUGAAAAUUUGCAAUGGCGUUUGUGUUCCUUUAAUUUCUUUGUCGCGUUUCUUUCGAGCCACAUUUUUUAGGGUUGUGUCUUCACUGUGGUUAUGAGACAAUAUUUGUUUUGAUUUGGAACCGUUUUACGCAAACAACUUACACAUAAUUAAAGCCCUCCUUGUAAAGCCCUCGCUACAUGAAACAAGUUAAUGAUUAAUUUUUAAAAGUACAGAUCAUCAGAAGGUGUUUUUAUCUACAGUCAGAGUGAAAGUAUUUUUUGCCUCUUCUGUUUUCGGAGAACAUUCUGUUGCAGCUAUGAAGAGCUUCAGCACGGAAUGUGUCGUGAUGAUUUUCUUAAUUUCCUCCCACAUCAGGGACUCAAAAGCAGCAUUUAAAGUCAUCGUCCCGACAAGUCCGGUAAUCGGCACAGCAGGGGAAGACAGCAUCCUCCCAUGUCAACUUUCGACAAGUAUCAGUGCUGAAGACUUCGAGGUGAGGUGGUACAGAGAGAGGUUCGAUGACCUCGUUUAUCAAUACAAGGGUGGCAAAGAGCUGACGCAACAACAGAGCAAAGAGUACCAGGGCCGCGCCAGUCUUCUGAACCAGCAGCCAGGCAGUGGCGUUCUGUCUCUAGUGCUGAAAAAGGUCAGAGUUUCCGAUGAAGGCAAAUACACGUGCUUUGCAGGGACUUCAAAGUGGUACGAGGAACCGAACAUGGAGCUACAAGUUCAAGCCUUUGGCAGUGCGCCUGUGAUCCAUAUAGAAGAACAUCUUAAACGCUUCAUCACGCUGAGCUGCCUGUCAUUAGGCUGGUACCCUCAACCCGAGAUGUAUUGGACUGAUGGAGCGGGUAGAAAUGUAACAGCGCUGACUCAGCCCAGCGUUCAAAGAGACAGGAAUGGUCUGUACAGCAUCAGAAGUCAUGUCCAGGUCAAAAAGAACAGCAAUGACAGGGUCAGUUGUCUCGUCAUCCAGAAACGACAGCGAAGAGAAAUGAAGUCAAGUCUGCAAAUUAGUGAGCAGUUUUUUGAAAGCACCAAUCCUGGACGGUUUUAUAUCUCAGGGUUUCUCAUCCCUGCUGCGUUAGCCCUCGUGUGCAUCAUGGCUGCCUGUCUGUACGCCUUCAAAAGGAAACAAGAAUGCGACAAAACCUGUGUGGAAUUUGGAAACUUGAAAAAGGCUGAAAAGGACGCUAGUAAGAAAUGUGAAGGACUUCUACAAGAAUUACAUGCUGUAAAGACUAUCCCUAAUUCAGUUUGGAACUUGAUCCAGGAAGCAGCAGAGAAUGUGAUUCUGGAUCCAGACACAGCCAAUAAAUGUCUCGUCUUGUCUGACGAUGGAACCAGUAUGACACUGGGAAAGGAGAACCUGGCCCUCUUUGACACAAAAAGAAGGUUUGAGCGUCCAUUCUGUGUCCUGGGCAGGGAGGGCUUCACCUCAAAACACUACUGGGAGCUAAAAGUGGAGAAGAUGACUGGCUGGAUUGCAGGAGUUGCUAAAGAGUCUGCCAAAAGGAAUGGACAAGUGAUUUUAUUUCCAGAAAUGGGAUUCUGGGUAAUAAGACUUGAAAAUGAGAAGUUUAUUGCCAACACUGUUCCUAACGAGUCCAUCACUCUCCCCCUGAGUCUGAAGCCCCAGAAUCUGGGGGUGUAUCUGGAUUAUAAGGAAAGGCAGCUCUCUUUUUACAAUGUGGAGACCAGAUCUCACAUCUACACUUUCACUGACAUGGAUUUAAACCCCAAUGAGAAGGUCUAUCCAUUGGUUGGAACAACACCAAGUUGUAGAGAAGAGCUACAUAUGCACCAUCUUACACGUCUGAAAACAGAAAAGCCAAAGUCCCCUAUGAGUCAAGCAGGUGAGGAAUCAGCAGUGGCAGCUCUAGCAGGAGAGGAAGACACCAAUGCACGAUACAGUAAAGAGGACCAACCACUGCUACCUGACAAGAAAAAAGGAGUCACAGAGGAAGACAGUAAAAAAGGGGCUCUAUCAAAAAAGAAAGAUGCAAAGGAAAGAAAUCAAAAAGAGAAGAAAGAAAAGGAGAAGAAAGAA